CCUAUGAUAAAACAGAUUUUUCGAGAAAAAAAGAAAGUACAAGCGAGGUUUAUGAAGAAGCCCUCAGCUCUAAUACAUAUUUAGUUCCUCAAAAUCAGCGAACUAUUAUCCGUUAUGACAGAGAAAUUAAUAAAGACCUUGAUGGUCAUUUAAUCAGAAACCGCCUUGGUGCGGCAUCAAAGCAGAACGAAUAUAUGAUUAUAAAUACUAAAAUACAAUCCGUUAGUCCAUUCGACGCGCUAUCGUUUAAAUACUACGCUACUUUGGAAAUAUAUUACGACCAUCGACUUGUAACUGAAAAUGAGCAAGUCAG